AUAAUUAUUAUUGUAAGUACUAAAUUUAACACAUAAACUACAGUUAAAGUUACUCUACGACGAGAGACGCUCACACUCGACACCACAAGACCACAAGAUAUAUCUCAAUGUUUAGUGCGUGGGCGUCGUCUACUUCACGGCAGAACGGUUUCUUUACCUUGCCAGUCUUUUUUUAGUUUAACAGCCGUAUUCGAAAAAAAGACGCCAAUGACUUGCAUUAUAGUCGGUGAGUGCGCUAGUGAUCGCUAGGUUUUUGUCAGUUUGAUGAAAAAUAAAAUUAAAACCCCGUUUUUUUUCUAUUGCCCAAACCUGAGACCGGAAUCGCGCAUUAUUCGCGACCUCCACGAUUUAGAAUAAUCAUCCGACUCAACCGUAAAUGAACCUUAAAUCGCGGUUCCAACUUACAAAUCAUUACGACGAUAUUACAGAAUAGAAUCUGAUGUUUAUUUAUUCUGUGAUCAUGAUACAGUAUUAUAUUGUCCCCCCACACUGGCUGCCUGUAACAAAUUGUUAUCUCUACGCGUCACCAGCUAUCGAACAAAACGAGAUAACAAUAUUGACAAACAGACAUCGCUACAGCAGUAUCAAUUUUAACACUUCAAAAGUGGAACGUUUCGUAAGUUCCGUUAGUAGUGGAGGUACUUGUCGAUGUUUUUUGGUAAUGCCAAGUGCUAGUUUACGUUCAUAUCCUUUCUGUUCGCCACACAUUUAUGACGCCCAAGUACCCGACUACUAUAUCCGUCGGUCUAAAAUCUAAAUUAUCACCGUUAAUUCGUGUCCGCUACCCCACGAGUUCGUUCUUAUACCGUCAUGGAAUUCUUGGAAGAUCUGUCACGUCAAUUGGAGGACAUCCAGCUGGACGUUACCACCGUGAGAUCGGAGUUCCCCUGCCCACGGUCGGUCUUGCGAUAUCUUGACCACGGCAAAUCUAUGAAUGAUGUUAAUAGAUUAGCAUCAAACUUAGAGAAUGGUAUAGAUAUUGAAAAUACGCCUGAAAAUCAAUCCAGAAUUCGUACAAAAAAAAGACUACAUAGGAGACAAAAACAAAAGUUAAAAUCUUUAAUUGAGAAUCAAAAUACUAGUCCCAGUGAACAAAAUAGAUCAACUAGAGCUGUUAUAGAGCCAUUUAUAAGUCAUAAAAAUUAUUACCCUAAUUAUAUGCAGUUAGAAGAUGUGAAAAAAGGUCUAGAAAGUGGUGAACUAUUUGAAGGAAACAUACGUAUUAGUCAAAAAUGUACUACAGAAGCAUAUGUUCCAUCACCUGAUAAAUCAAAGGAUAUAUUGAUAAACAGUAUUAAAUCACGGAAUAGAGCUCUAGAUGGUGAUAAAGUUGUCGUAAAGAUUCUUGACAAAUCUCAAUGGAGGAACCCAGAUACAGAAGAUUGUCAACGAACUGGUGAGGUAGUUUACAUAUCAAGUAGCAAAGAAAAUCGUAUAGUAGUAGGUACUCUAAUAGUCGAUAGAGGUGUUCUUCAUCGUUAUAGCUCAUUAGUUCCAAGAGACUGUCGAAUUCCCAGAUUACUUGUUGACACUUCAAUUUGGCCGUAUCCUAUUUAUUUGAGGAAUGGAACCAAGGAAUCAAAAGAAUUGUUUUAUGCUCUUUUACCAAACUGGGACAAUUUUAAGUUUCCAAAAGGAAUAUUGAAAGGAGUUUUGGGUGAAUCUGGAGAAAUAAAUGCAGAAACUGAAGGUAUACUGAUUUCCCAUGAUAUACAAGAACGACCAUACCCAGAAGAUAUAGAUCAAUAUUUUCCUCCACAGUUUUCUGUGGAAGAAGAAUUGAAACACAGGAAAGAUUUUAGAAAAAACUGUAUCUUCUCUAUUGACCCCCCCACUGCCAAAGAUCUAGACGACGCGCUUUCCUGUGUACCACUUCCGAAUGGCAAUUUUGAAAUUGGUAUUCACAUUUCAGAUGUGUCUUAUUUUGUUAAGCAAGGUACACCACUAGAUGAAAUUGCAGAAAGAUUGGCCACUAGUGUUUAUUUAAUACAAAAAGUGUAUCAUAUGUUACCUCCAGCAUUGACUAUGAUGGCAUCAUUACUACCCGGAACCGAUAAAUUAGCUGUUUCUAUCACUUUGGAAAUGACACCUGACGCUGACGUGAUUAGUCACUCUUUUAGUCGAUCUAUUAUACAUUCUUGUGCUCAAUUGCAUUAUUCACAUGCUCAAAUAUUUUUAGAGAAUCCUGAUAAAAAAGAUUGGGACGAAUCUGAGUUUCCUACUGUAUAUAAUGGUUAUACAAUCAAUGACUGUGCAACAGCUGUCAGCCAUUUACAUAAGCUCGCAGCAGUGAUGCGAGAGAGACGUUUUAGCUCUGGUGCGCUAGCGAUCAACCAACCUAAGUUGUCUUUUGAAAUUGACAGAGCUACAUGCGAGCCACUGUCAUAUUCAUUGUAUAUACUUCACGAGAGUAAUUGGUUAAUAGAAGAAUUCAUGCUUCUCGCUAAUACAAUGGUCGCUGAACAUUUGAAGACUCACUACCCGACCACAGCCAUGCUUAGAAAUCAUCAAGCACCAGAUGCUGCUGCUAUGGAAAAAGCAGUGAAACUAUUGAAAGUACACAACAUUGAUAUUGAUUAUACUUCAGCUGGAUCUAUUCAUAAGUCUAAAGCUGCUUAUUGUCAAGGUGAAAAUUCGGAGAAUCCUCAUUGGGACAUUAUUAUCAGCAAUAUUCUUUCAAAGCCGAUGGUUCGUGCCGAAUACUGUGUUAUCGAUCCAGAUUUAUCCAUGCGUCAUUUUGCACUAAACGUACCGUACUAUACUCAUUUCACUUCUCCCAUUCGUAGGUAUCCAGACAUAGUUGUGCAUCGAAUGCUAAUAUCAUGGUUAACAGGCGAACCAAUUAAGGAAUAUGAAGACCCAAAAGUUAUUAACAAGAUAGCCAUCAACAGUAAUGACAAAAAGAAUAAUGCGAAGAAAGCGUCAGAAGCUAGUGCAGAUAUAUACGCUGCUUGUUUGGUCGGUAAACUAGGAGGCCUAGUGGUUGACGCGUCCGUAAUGGAAGUAAAAGAAAACUAUUUUGAAGCCACAGUCCUCUCGAUGAACAUGAACGUCAGAGUUUACGUGAAUAUUUCUUCACAUAACCCAGAUUUGCUUCACAAAUUCUGUAAAUUAACAAGUGUUGAUGAUAAACCCACAUUGAUCAUUGGUUGGGAUUCUAAAGGUGAAGACAAGCAAACACUUCAACUGUUUGAUAAAGUUAAAUUGAAGCUAUCGAAAAGAGAACAUUGUUUAAAAAUAAGAGCCAUUUUAAUCAGAGACGAAUAGACUUCUAUUUAUUGUGAUUCAUUACAUAGUGUAUUUAAUAUUAAUACAUUAUUUUUUUUUUUUUUUUAUAUAAUCAUUGUUUUCAAGUUUUUAAUGAAAAGAGAUGUUGUUUAUUAAUAUAAUUUUUAUCAAUAAAUACAUUUAUACUUUUUGACUUUCAAGUGUAAGCUCAAUCAACAACAUCAACAUAAUACAAAAACAUUAACACGCGUUUUACGAUGGGAUACAGUACAGAGUUUAUUAAUUUAUAUAUCAUAAUUUUAUUAAGUUGAAUAACAUUUAAAAUAUCAUAGGUUAUUUUAGAGUAUAU